GUUAAACCGUCCCUCCCCGGCAUUGUCCCGGCUAGGGUUUCUGACCGUCGUUCCGUCUCCCGUCGCCAUUGAGAGUUCCUCCUGAUCUUUCGAUUCGAUCUGUUAAUGCAUGAUUUAUUGUUUUCCCUUCUGAUUCAUGUUUUUGAUUGGUGAAACUCCGUGAAUAGCCGCAGAGGAUCUCCGCCGAAGCGCAGGAGGUUCGGGAGGUCCACAAGCUAUCGAAUUUUACCCCAGAGGUAUUGGGUAUUGAAGGAAGAAUGUUUGGCAGAAAUCGUUAUGCGGAGAAGGUGCAGAUGAAGAAGAUGUAAGCAUCCUUUGCAUCGUCCUUGAAGUUUGAUUUCCUAAACUUGUCUCAGCAAUGUAGGCUUGUUGUUCAUGAUGAAUCAUCAUAUCUCCAUUAGGUGGUCGACAAGGUUCAUGAUGAAGCUACUCCUGCAUCUUUUAGAUUGGGAUACGACAACAUGGAAAAAGAUGAUCCUCAAACAACACUUAAGCAGAAAAAGGAGGAAAAGGCUGGCAAUUGGAAGGUCCCCUUACCAAUGGUACACCAGUUAUCCAGCUUCCUCCGGCAAACGUUGCCCCGCGUGCCCGAUUGGAUCGUCUUCGACUACGCCGCCUACUGGGCGCCCCGAGUGGCCGCCGAGUUCGGCGUGCCGUGCGCCCAUCUUAGCAUCUUCAACGCCGCGGUGCUGAGCUUCAUUGGGCCGUCCGCAUCGUUAAUGGGCUGUGAAGGCGUGAGGGCGACGCCUGAGCAGUUCAUGGAGCUGCCUGAGUGGGUUCCUUUCGAGUCCACCAUGUUUUACAAGCCCUACGAGGCUCGCGAGCUCUUCAAGCCCUGCGUUCUGCCGGACGCCUCCGGUGUGUCAGAAACUUAUCGGUUCGGUAGGAGCUUGGAAGAUUGCCAAUUGAUAGCUGUUCGGAGCUGCCCAGAGUUCGAACCAGAUUGGCUUCACCUCCUCGGGAAGCUACACAAAAGGCCAGUGAUUCCCGUAGGAUUCUUCCCUCCCUCACCUCCGGAAUCAGAAACCGAUGCAGAAAGCGAAAGCAGGUGGCGCAGCAUCUUGCAGUGGCUAGCGAAACAAAAGCCAGAAUCAGUCGUUUACGUCGCAUUCGGCAGCGAGGUAAAGCUGACAAGCUCUCAAGUGCAUGAGAUUGCUCUCGGCCUGGAGCGAUCCCAAUUACCCUUCGUUUGGGCACUGAGAGCACCGGCAGACUCGCACGGCGGCCCCGCCGCGCUGCCGGAAGGAUUCGAGGAGCGGACGCAGGGGCGCGGGCUGGUGUGCUUGGGUUGGGUCCCUCAAGCCCGGCUCCUUGCGCACCCGUCCAUGGGCGGAUUCCUGACGCAUGCCGGUUGGAGCUCGAUCAUCGAAGGGCUCGCGCUCGGGCUCCCGGUCGUGCUCAUGCCGCUGCUGUUCGAUCAAGGUCUGAAUGCAAGAAACCUGGUCGAGCGGAAGAUUAGCGUGGAGGUGCCGCGGAACGAGGAAGAUGGAUCGUUCACAGGAGAGGGGAUAGCGACGACCUUGAGGUUGGUCAUGGUAGAAGAACAAGGUCAGCCACUGAGAGCAAAGGCCAAGGAGUACAGAGAGGUGUUUGGAGACGAGAAGCUGCAUGAUCGACAUGUGUGGGAAUUCCUCAAAUACUUGAUAGAACAUAGAAGACAACAAGCUUAACUCAGCUACAAUCGAUAUGAGAUCUCAGUCUUGUCGUCGCUGUUCUCUGCUUUAUUCGUGUUGUUGGAUUCUCCUCGGUCACAUGAAGCUUGGUGUCAACGUUACUUACUGCUCUGACCCCAAAGCUUCACCGUCUACUAGUAAUUCCAACUUGGACUCUGGAUUUUAAUGGAGAAUCACAUGCUCCAUCCAAUCUUCUUAAAUACUUAUCCACCAAAACCUCUGUGACUGUCUUACGCACGCAAUUACUUUUCCAUUAUGUCGUCAAGUUCAUUACAGUUUCUUGA